GCUGCAUCACAACAGUCUAAGAUAGCUAAGUGGCUCGAAUAGCAGUGUACCUCUUUUCAGUAGUCGUACGACUCAGUACCUCUUCUGCAUUUUCCACACCAAUUGAUUUAACUGUCACGCGUAACACACCAUAGUAGUGAGUGUGUGAGGGGCCGGUUUGUUUAAUAAAAUAUUGAAGUUACGACGCCCGAUUUGCUGGGAUAUGGCCAGGCCAGAGCAGGUCCUGCUUCUAGAACCUCAACACGAACUGAAAUUCCGAGGUGUUCUUUGAGGUUAAAAGCGAAGAGCUGCAUCGCUGCAGUGCUACACUGGUGCUGCUCCUUACAUGGCUGGAGCACAUGGGACUUCUUCCUCCAAAGGACCGUUUACAGAUGUGGUGACCACGGCCUUGAAGCUUGCUAAUCCCACAGACAGAAAUGUGUGCUUUAAGGUGAAGACAACUGCACCGCGCCGCUACUGCGUGCGACCAAACAGUGGAGUGAUUGAUGCUGGAACCUCGAUUAAUGUCUCAGUGAUGCUGCAGCCAUUUGAUUAUGACCCCAAUGAGAAGAGCAAACACAAGUUUAUGGUGCAGUCUUUAAUGGCUCCACCAGACAUGACUGACAUGGAGGGAGUGUGGAAGGACGCCAAGCCAGAGGAGCUAAUGGACUCCAAGCUGCGGUGUGUCUUUGAGAUGCCAAAUGAGAAUGAGAAAACGCAUGACAUAGACAGCAAUAAGGUGAUGUCCUCUAGCCUUUUAAAAUCUGAGUCGUCCACGUUGUCAAUGAAGUCCAUGGUGUCCAGUCUGGAUGACGGAGAAGUGAAGAGGAUCAUGGAAGAGUGUAAGAGGCUUCAGAUGGAGGUGCAACGACUACGGGAAGAAAACAAACAGAUUAGGCAGGAAGAUGAUGGUCUGCGAAUGAGGAAGAGUACAGUGAUGACAUCUCAGCAUUCCUCACCCUCAUCAGUCACAGUGAAGGAGGAAAGCUUGAGCAUCAGAGUGAUCGCUCUAAUUGUGUUGUUCUUUGUCAUUGGUGUCAUUGUUGGGAAGUUGCUCUUGUAAAGAUUAAGAGGGAGCAGCCAUAGCAUGCAUUGUGAAUGAAACAAACUAACAAUACAAAGUAACGAAGGCAGAAUUUGUGUGAUUGGAAUGCUAUAUCUUUUGGGUAGUGUUGGGUAGAAGAAAACGUAAGAUUAAUAAAGGAUAUUAUGAAAUAAUUAAAUUUUAUGUGCAAAGAUCCAUUCAAGGGAAAAAAGUGAUUAGUUUUUACCACAAAAAGGAAUGACAUCAUUAUGGCCCUCCUCCCAGACUAUUUUAGGCACAGUAUGAAAAAGUAAAUUUCUGUAAUGCCAGAUGUACAACUGCAGUCAAGUGAGGUGUUGUUUAUUGCAUUCUUUUUAUAAGGAGGCCAUAAAUUGCAAGUUUAUUACAUGUAGAGACACUAAAUGCCCUUAGUCACAUUGGCAUCUAUCCAUUAACUCAAACCUCUUUUAUGACAAUUUUUAGGGGGUUAGAAGUAAAGUGCAGGGCUUUACACAAAAGGGGAAAAACACUUUGCAUAGGCCAAGUUCCCUGUCAUUAUGAUCAAAAUAGUGUUACAUUUUAAGUUUUUUUGUUGUCAUUUUGCCAGUUGAUGGAUGUGCGAUCGCAUGUUUACAGUGAGAGCAAAACAGUUAUUUUAAUUUGUUUCACUGAGCUGCUUUUGUAGGCAAAAUUUUGCUUCCUUUCAGCCCUUAGUACUGCUGCUUCACUCGUGCGACAUUUAAACUUAAAUGUAAUGUUUUUAAUUUGUUUCGCUGUAUUAUAAUGAAGCAACCACAUUGCCUAAGCUCUGUCAAAGCUCUAGGUUCCAGUUCACUGAAAGCUGGCUUGUUGAGGACCUCUUGCCUUUUGAUGCUCAUCAAAAAAGACAUUGUAAGCCCAGCAGCUGCUCCCUUUUCAUUCUUCCUUUCUACAUUAUGUGCAAUAUUGGGAAGAUCAAAAUGCAGUUUUUCAAAACCACUCAGCUGUUUAGUGGCCUGUCCUGUGAACUGCUCAUGUGUUUUCAAGCCAUGCUGACUGUUUCUCUUGCAACAAAUGCAUGGCUCGGAGACGAGUCAUUUCUGUUGUUUUUGUUAUACAGUGGUUUGUCCUACUGUUAGGCUUUAAAGACACUGUCCUAACUAACAUUAGUUUUGCCCACCCCUUAUUUUUUCAUGCCUCAGUUUUUUGUUUUUUUUUUUGGUUUGAAUUAAAUUAAGAAUAAAGCUUUUAUUGCACAGCACUGUUUCAAUGAAAGAAAUGCACUGCUUAUAAAGAAUGUUUGUUUAUCUAUAUCUCCCCUUGGAACAGUUUGUUCUUUCACUUUUUCAGUGUUUCUCACAUGAAUGAGGACAUCUAAAAAAAUUCUAAAAGGGACCAUUUUGUGACUUGAUAUAUUCUUUGUCUCAUGAUUUUUUGAAUAUGUUUAAGGGGGUGUACUUUGUGUAUUCUUUACUUCCAAAAGGCUAUACUUUCAGUCUGUCAUCUCAUUUAUUCAUAUAAUUGAGUAUUAAGAACAGAAUUGAAUGGUGUUCAGACAGCAGUAGUAAUACUAAAUUUAUGACUGAAGGUUUCUGUAGAGCUAUGGAAUAAAAGGUCUUUGGGGCUGUCGGUAGCUGUUUCAUGAAAACACUAAGGAAAUGGAGGGGGGAAAAAAAACACCUGUCCUAGAACCCCAAACCUUCACCGUAAUGUAAACCGAAAGGUGACCAUUUUGUAUGUAUAUAAAUAAAUAAAUAAAUAGUUACAUCUAUUAUCUAUGAUCUAAAAAUAUUAAUAUUCCUAGUUAAGUAGUCUAUGGUGUAAAAAGAAACUCCCAAUUUUGUUGGAUAUGUAGCAUCUUAUAAAUUAAUAAAGCCCCAGUCCUAACU